UGCGAGCACGACGUGGCGCUGCGGCGCGGCGUGGCCUCGAGCCGCCCGCGGGGCCCCGGCCGGGCGCUGGACGUGUUCGGCCAGGCCAGCGGCGUGCUGAAGUCGCGCGACCUGGGCUCCAUCCUGUGCGACAUCAAGUUCUCGGAGCUCUCCUACCUGGAGGCCUUCUGGGGGGAUUACCUGAGCGGGGCGCUGCUCGAGGCCCUCAAGGGGGUCUUCCUCACCGAGGGGCUGCGGCGCGCCGUGGGCCGCGAGGACGUGCGGCUGCUGGUCAGCGUGGACCAGGACGACUACGAGCGCGGCCGGAGGAGGCUGAUGAUGGCGCAGG